AUGGAGAAGUUCUCGGUUUCCAGAUUCUGGAUUCGUUGUCUUUCGUUGGUGUUACUAGUUGUCAAUCUCGUCAAUGCUCUGGGUCAAAAUGCGACAAUAGACUUCAAGGACUCCCGUGGCAGUGUGCUCCUCGCGACUCGCGACUCCAACGUCAACCUUGUUCUCGAUGCGAAAGACUGGCCUGGCGUUCUUCGCGCGGCAAUCGAUCUCGCGGUUGACUUUGGACGUGUCACUGGGCUGAACGGAACAGUGACGGCUAAGACGUCUAGCAAUGCGACUGUGGCGCGGAAUGCGUCAAUGAUCUUUAAUGUCACAGGAAUUAGCAAGGAUUGGAGCGUUGGUGGAAAGAAGGGGCGGGGAGAAGAGGAGGGGACGAUUAUUGCGGGGACAAUUGGUAAUUCCAGUCUGAUUGACGGAUUGAUCAAGCGAAAGAAGAUUGACGUCAGCAAGAUUCAGGGAAAGUGGGAGGCUUUUGUCAGUGUGGUUGUGGAGAAUCCCAUGGAUGGCGUUGAUAAUGCGUUGGUCAUUGCCGGAAGCGACCGCCGUGGCACAAUCUACGGCCUCUAUGAUAUCUCAGAACAAAUCGGCGUCUCGCCCUGGUACUGGUGGGCCGACGUUCCUCCUAAAUCCCACGACGAAAUCUACGCCCUCAAAAUCACCAAAGUUCAAAAAUCUCCUACAGUCAAAUACCGCGGUUUUUUUAUCAAUGACGAAGCUCCUGCUCUGACCGGUUGGGCGAAUACGAGGUUCCCGAAAUCGAAAUGGGGAUGUGCAUUCAACGCCGAAUUCUACUCGCAUGUCUUCGAGCUGCUACUGAGAUUACGAGCGAAUUACCUCUGGCCGGCGAUGUGGAAUGGCAUGUUCAACGUAGACGACCCACGGAACCAACCCCUUGCCGAUGAAUAUGCUAUUGUCAUGGGAACUUCGCAUACCGAGCCCAUGGUGCGCUCAACCAAGGAAUGGAACAAUUUUGGCAAGGGUAUCUGGCAGUGGACCGAGAACAACGCCUCCAUCUACCCCUUCUUCAAGGAAGGCGUGCAGCGCGCCAAGUCUUAUGAAAACGUCGUUACGAUCGGCAUGCGUGGCUCGCAUGAUACAGCAAUGAGUCCUGAUGUUCAAACGGAGGUAUUGCAAGAUGUUGUGGAUACCCAGCAGAAGAUUAUGGAUGAAGUUUAUGGAGAUGCGAAAAAGGUGCCACAGAUGUGGUGUCUGUAUAAAGAGGUUCAGGAUUACUUUGAGGCUGGAAUGAAGGUCCCAGAUCAUGUUACCUUGCUAUGGACCGAGGAUAAUUGGGGUAAUAUUAGGAGACUCCCAGUGGGAGAUGAGACGAAGAGGUCAGGAGGAGCAGGUGUUUACUACCACUUCGACUAUGUUGGCGACACCCGAGACUACAAAUGGAUCAACACAAUCCAGCUCCAGAAGACGCGCGAGCAAAUGUACCAAGCAGUCCAGCGCCAAGCAACCGAAAUCUGGAUCGUCAACGUCGGAGACAUCAAACCAUAUGAAAUCCCGCUCAGUCAUUGGUUCGACCUGGCAUACGACAUCGAUCUCUGGGACGAGAAGAGCGCGCCCAAAUGGCUCGAGAUGUGGGCAUCCCGCACUUUCGACUCCAAAGUCGCGAAGGAUGUUGCAGCGGUCAUGGAUAAAUACAGCUACCUCGCCGCAAUGCGCAAGUUUGAGCUGAUCGAACCGAACAGCUUCAGCGUGCUCAAUUACGAAGAAGCGGAUAAGAUCCUUGCGCAAUGGACUACUCUCGCCAAAAGCGCUCAGGCGGUAUAUGACAAGUUGCCUGCCGCCCAGCAACCAGCUUUCUUCGAAAUGAUACUGCAUCCAGUGCUCGCGGGAGGAAACUUCGUCGAUAUUCAAGUCAGCUCUGCGAAGAACCAGAUCUAUGCCGGUCAAGGAAGAAACAGCGCGAACGUACUUUUUCAACGAGUUCUGGAUGGAAUGAAGACAGACCAUCAGUUGACGACAAGGUAUCAUAGCUUGUUCAAUGGCAAGUGGAAUCAUAUGAUGGAUCAAACACAUCUUGGAUAUCAAGGAUACUGGCAACAACCCAUGCGCCAAGCCACUCCAGCCCUCCAAUGGGUCAUGAACCUCGAACGCUCGCUCUCUGGUGACAUGGGCGUAGCCAUCGAACGCAGCAACGGUUCCGUCCCUGGCGACGACAAAUGGCACGACAAUGGCGGCGGCAAUCUAAACCUUGCUCCUAUCUCGCCCUAUACUCCUGCCCGCUGGAUCGAAAUCUUUAGCAUGGGUACGCAGACCUUCAACUGGAAUAUCUCCGCCGAGCCCUUUGUCAAAUUAUCCCAGACUUCCGGCACCAUGGCGCCAGACGGGAAAGACGUCCGCAUUUACGUAGAUGUUGACUGGAGCAAAGCCCCCACUGGCACUGGCAAGAAAACUGUCCUAAACAUCUCCAGCUCGACAGACUACGGAACCCAAUACUCGAUGCCCACAGUCACCCUGCCAAUAAACAACACCAUACUCCCCUCGACUUUUACAUCCGGCUUCGUCGAAGGCUCCGCGGAACUCUCCUUCGAAGCAGAACACUAUACGCGACUCUCCGCAAAAGGAAACCUCACAUACCAAAUCCUGCCUGGUUACGGCCGCACGCUUUCUGCCGUAACUCUCAACAACCCUCUCGCGCCGUCCCUCACCUCAACAACUGCUCCAGCUCUCGAAUACGAUUUCUACACCUUCACGGCCACCACCUCCACCAAACCCCUCAAUCUCACACUCAUCCUCGCGCCCACUCUCAAUACCUCGCCCAAACGCCCCCUAGCUUAUAUCGCGCAAAUCGACGAUAAACCAGAACAACGACGGCAAUAUGUCAUCGAUCAGAAACAGCCGAAAUUCCCGGUAGGCUGGGAAUCUGCGGUUGCGAAUGUAGCUUGGUAUAAUACUACAAGUUGGGGUGAGGUGAAGAGUGGGGUGCAUACUUUAAAAGUGUGGCUGGUGGAGCCCGGAGUGGUGUUGGAGAAGGUGGUGUUGGAUUUGGGGGGCGUAGUAGCGAGUCAUAAUGGGCCGCCGGAGAGUUGGAGGGUCGGUGGGAGCCGGGGCGGGAAUGGGACAGUUAGGCGGUGGCAGAUGUGA